ACGAUAUAUAGGUAUCCGAGAUCCGAGCUGUCAUGUGGACAUUCUUUCAAUCUGCUGACACGUUUGCUAAAAAGCAUACAAGGUGAAAGAGAUACAAGAGUACUACUUUUGGAACUGUAAAAUCGUAAAUACGUGUAGAAAUUGAGAAUGCGAUGCCAGCACGUAGACGACACGUUGGCUCGGAGGUAAACCAUGAUUUCGUGAUCACAACCUCAAACAGUCCCUGGCAGGGCAGCACCAUAAGUCAGAGGAAAAACAAUGAAAGUGAAGGGUGUAAUUUAACGGAGAACGAAAAAAAGCAACCGAGCACCGUACCAGGGACAAUGACGUCGCGCGACAGGACCAAUGAAUUCAUUAAUGCCAUCCGUACGAUGCAGAGCAGAACCGCUGCACGAGCGGCGGUUAUGCAGAAUCCUCGUCGAGCACGCCAGCUUCAAAGCUAUUCAAAUUUCAUGAUGAUAGCAAAGAAUAUUGGAAAGAAUAUAGCAAGCACAUACACAAAAUUAGAAAAGCUUGCUCUAUUGGCAAAAAGGAAGUCAAUAUUUAAUGACAGACAAAUUGAAAUUGAUGAAUUAACAAACAUCAUAAAAACAGACUUAAAAAGUUUAAAUCAUCAAAUAGGAAAGCUACAAGAACUUGGAAAAAAGCAACGAGAAGGAUAUGGUGCAACUCAAAGUCAUCAUAUGGCUUCACAUUCGUCUUCAAUUGUUAUGGCCUUACAAUCAAAACUAGCAAAUAUGUCAAAUCAUUUCAAAAGUGUAUUAGAAGUACGUUCAGAGAAUAUGAGAGAGGAGCAAAGUAGACGACAACAAUUUACUCAGGGCUCUGUAUCUACUAUGUUACCUCCAAGCGUUGCAGGUAAACAAGGUUCACUUUUGUUCCAAGAACGAGAUUCUCCCACAUCUGUAGCUAUAGAUUUAGAACCAGCAAUGGGACAGUUGUCGUUGCAACAAGCAAUUAACGAUGACACUGAUGCCUAUAUUCAAUCGAGAGCAGAGACAAUGCAAAGUAUAGAAUCAACUAUUGUUGAACUUGGUGGAAUUUUCCAGCAAUUAGCGCACAUGGUUAAAGAGCAGGAAGAAAUGGUGGAAAGGAUAGAUAGUAAUAUUGAAGAUACUGAACUGAACGUGGAAGCAGCACAUGCAGAAAUAUUAAAAUAUUUCCAAUCGGUAACCAACAACAGGUGGCUCAUGAUAAAAAUAUUUGCAGUUCUCAUAUUUUUCUUUAUAUUUUUUGUAGUGUUUUUGGCAUAA